CUCCAAAAUCCAGUUUGCUAGAGUGGUCCUUUGGAUCUUUGUCGUGUUUCUGUGCUCUGCCUCGUCGAGCUCUCGUUGGUCGUGCUCGUGCUGCGCUUCUUGGACCCACGCAUGCGGUGCUUGGUGUCGUUCUGUCGCUCGUCUGAUUCACGAAAGGUCACAAAAACCGUCAUGAUUACGUUGUUUGCUCAUGCUUCUUUGUGCAUAUUAUCAGGUUGCUGUCGGUGUCGGUCGCUCGUUUGCUGUUUGUCACGUACCGCUUUCCUUCACUUUUGUUCGGUCACCUUGCCGCAUUUGUACUUUGCCGUCCUGCAGUUACCCACCCCCCCCCACCCCCCACCCAACCCACCGACCCACCACCGUUCUGACUUCAUGCCGCAUUCACGUUCACGUUCGAGCUCCGUUGCGCUUUGGGCUUUCAUAGCUGGUCUCGCGCGUUCUGACCGGCGGUCGUUUUUCACUUUUCACUUGCCACUUGCCUCUCAUGCGUUUCGGUUCCAUUCCGGUUCCAUCCCGUUCAUAGACGUGUAUUACCAUUCUACACAUUGCAUCCGUGAAUGAAAGAACGAAGUAUACCUUGGGCUCAUGCAUG